CAGCUAGUUGGUUGCUACUGUUCUGGAAUUCGUAUCGUACUAGACUACUACUACUCCUUAAGACGUGAAGAAUAAGUGUGUGAACAAUGACUUCUUCUAAAGUGGUUUUUGGUUUACUGGCUUUGGUGUUGAUUGUUCAAUGCCGUCCUAAUUCGGACGAAGAAUUGCCUUUAACAGCUGCAGAGUUUCAUCAAGAAGACAUCAUUUCGUGGAUGGAAUUACUACGUAUUGCAGAGGAAAGCGACGAUAACGAAUCUUCACAAGUUUCUGAUAACGCGAAAGAUGCUCCAGAGUUGACUGAUGAAGAUAUCGAAUCAUGGAUGGAAUUGUUGCGUACUGUUGUGGAAAGUGCAGAAAACGAAUCAGCUCAAGUUCCUGACAACGUGAUAGAUGCACCAGUAGUUUGCCCACCAGGACAAAAACCAGAUCACAAGGGUAAAUGUCGUGAUGUUUGGGGUAGAAAAACUCAAGAGGGUGCUCAAACCAUGGAAGAGUAAAUAAUGCUUAUCAAUUCAUUUACUAAAAGAUUAUAAAAAUAUUGUUAAAUAUAAUCAACAAAUGCAUUACCGGACCUGUCGGUGAAAUGACCUUUGAAGACGCUUUUACUCUUAUCGAUGUUAAAUAAUUGUGAAGUGGCCAGUGAAUAUUGUUAUGCACAAUAAAAAGAAGUUUAAACUGA